AUGCCCGAAUUGCAGGCGGCUUACCUUUGGUACCCCAUGGCUACGCAGGAGAGACCGGGCUCGGAUUUCCGCAUGUCGCAGUUGCGCGACUUCACUUGCCGUGCCCCGCAGCUAACAGAGCUGGCGAUUCAUCGCAACCCACCUAUCUUUGACAUCGAUUCGGUCUACGCUAUCUCUGCUGUUGCUUCAAGCUUGAGCUCAGAUACCUCUUCGACGUCUCCAAUGGGACUACGUGCUUUGACGUGGACUGCGGCACCUCCAAAGGAUAUCUGGCGACUUUUCUACGUUCUGGCUAUGCCGAAAUUGUUUGAACUCGUCCUCACAUUGGACUCCAUCGACCGACGUUGGCUGUGUCUCUCUGGCGACACCUCCGCAUCACUAGGAACACAAGAUACUCUCUCAUGUUAUGCGCUACCUCAAGUCGUCCAACUUCUGACCCUUUCACGGCUGUGCCUAGAAUGCAAAGAUGCAGACGCAUUAUCCGUCGCUCUCAGGAGAUUUUCCUUCCCUUUCCUCGAGCGACUUACCUUGUCAUAUUCGGGGCCCGAGUCAAGUCACAGGUCCCCUAUGCUCCCUUCCAUUGGCAAAAUUUUUCGCGAACCGAGGCUCGCCAAACUGGUUGAUCUAGAGUUGCGAUGUUUCAGGUUGGACGCGGAGACAGUUACUACGUUGGCGUACACACAGUCCCUGGCGCGUUUGUCUAUUUACAACUGUACUGGCGCGGACGUGAUAAUAUGCGCACUAUCGGGCAAUGCAUGCGAUCACCAGGGCGCCGAGCUUCCCGUCAAGUGGCUCUGUCCAAACCUCAAGGAGCUCCGUCUCUCGUACUGUUCCGCGGUCAAGUUCAAGUGUCUGGAAGCUGUCGUCCGCCAGCGCAAAGCAGACUCUAUCGCCGUCCCAACCAUGCCGGCUCGAGCCAUCAGACCGUUGAAGAGGAGCGUGCUGGCGGGUCCUAGGUCGCCUGCGACACCCAAGAAGAUACGGAUGCCGUUCGAUGGGCAGGAGGCAUCUGCUUCGCCAAAUGGGAGCUUUGUCGACGGUUGGCGGGCACACGAAGUCACGCGUCCAACGCCGAUUUGCACUGUGCAUGUCCUAGGCUGCAAGAGAAUCUCUCGGGCGGAGCUCUUUUCCUUGAAGGAUGACGAAUACGGAGUAGAGUCUAUGUCCUGGUGUGAGUAG